UGCAGUUUACAAUUUCUAACACCAGAUGGAAGUAGCGUAGUCCUCUUCCGGAAGGCAUUUUGGAUAACACGUUGUGUAUAAUAUAAGCCGGAAUGCAAAUUUUCGUAAAAACCCUAACGGGUAAAACUAUAACCCUCGAAGUUGAGGCGUCGGAUACCAUAGAAAAUGUCAAGGCUAAGAUUCAAGAUAAAGAAGGUAUCCCACCGGACCAACAGCGAUUGAUCUUUGCUGGGAAGCAAUUAGAAGAUGGUCGCACGUUGUCGGAUUAUAAUAUUCAGAAGGAGUCCACACUCCACCUGGUUCUGCGUCUUCGUGGCGGCGUGAUCGAGCCAACACUCCGUAUCUUGGCUCAAAAGUACAACUGCGACAAGAUGAUAUGCCGCAAGUGUUAUGCCCGGCUUCAUCCGAGGGCUACAAACUGCCGCAAGAAGAAGUGUGGCCACACAAACAACAUUCGCCCCAAAAAGAAGUUGAAGUAGACUGAGGUAGCGCACGUCUGCCACAAUCCAAGCUGUACGCUGAUCAGGUCAGGAGAGAGGAAGGUGGAGUUUAGUUUUGCUUUUGCUUUCGAAAUGUUGUGUACUCUUGGAUUUAAUUAAAGUCUGGUUCUAUAAUG